AUGGGAGCCGGGAGUAGCACUUGGACUCACCACCUCCUGCUACUGUUCUUCUUCUUCCCUGUCCUCGCCGUCGCCACCAGCAGCAGCCAUACCACCACCAUCAACAUCACCAACCGAUGCUCCUACACCGUGUGGGCGGCGGCAUGCGGCUGGACCCAGGCAACACCUGGGUGCUCCAAGUGCCCAACAACACCCAAGGCGGCCGCGUGUGGGCGCGCACCGGUUGUUCAUUCGACGGCCCCGCCGGCAACAAGUCCUGCCAGACGGGUGACUGCGGCGGCGUGCUGGCAUGCAACAGGAGCGGUAAUUCUUGGCAGAGGUUCAGACCAUCAGACCAUCGGUAGCAUUCACCAUAUCAAUCUGGUGAGGGUAAUCGGUUUCUGUGAAGAGAAAUCGCAUAGGCUCUUGGUUUAUGAGUACAUGCCCAAAGGAUCCUUGGACCAGUGGAUCUUUCGCCGGCACGGCAAUGACGACGACGACACUCCUUGCCUGGAUUGGCAAACGCGAUGCAAGAUUAUUGCUCAUGAAGCUAAGGGCCUGUCUUAUCUUCACGAGGAGUGCAUGAAGAGAGUUGCUCACUUGGAUGUGAAACCACAGAACAUCCUCUUAGACGACAACUUCGAUGCUAAACUCUCUGAUUUUGGACUGUGCAAGCUCAUCGACCGGGAUAAGAGCCAAGUGGUUACUAGAAUGAGAGGCACGCCUGGAUAUUUAGCUCCCGAAUGGUUGACGUCGCACAUCACAGAAAAGGCUGAUGUAUAUAGCUUUGGUGUGGUGGUGAUGGAGAUCAUCAGUGGAAGGAAGAACCUGGACACUUCUCGGUCUGAAAAGAGCUUUCAUCUUAUUACCUUACUGGAAGAGAAGUUGAAGAGUGAUCGGUUGGUAGAUUUGAUUGAUAUGCGCAGUAGUAGUGACAGUCAGGCACACAAGCAAGAAGAAAUUCAGAUGAUGAAGCUCGCAAUGUGGUGCUUGCAGAUUGAUUGCAAACGAAGGCCUAAAAUGUCUGAGGUCGUAAAAGUCUUGGAAAGCACCAUGAGUGCCAAAACUGACAUAUAUAGAUCACAACUUUGUCGUAACGAAUUCAGCAAGCUUUGGUGCUCCUGGAAUUGCGGGCUUGUCAGGUCCACCUCUAGCCUCAGAAGUGUCAGGUCCAAGGUGAGAGACUGA